AUGCUCCCUUUCCUCAUCGUCCCGCUUCUCUGGUCGGCGAUGGCGCAGGCCGUCCCCACGGCGCCCCCGGCAUCCGCACUCGAGCCGGAAUCUCUCCCGCGCAACACCCUCACGAUACCCAUGCGCGCCAACCCGGACUACGUCCCGAACGGAGCCGCCCUCGCGGCCGCCUAUGAGAAGUGGAACAUGCCCGUUCCGGAGGCCCUCGCGAAACACACAUUGGCCCGGCGCGCUGGAUACUCCUGCAAGUUCCCCUUCUCUCUUUCCCCCGCUUCCAGGGAGAUGGGCAACUAUUGGUUGACGGAUAUAUUCGUCGGGAACCCCGAAAACUCACAAAAGAUCCCAGUCAUCAUCGACACCGGAAGCUCUGACUUCUGGCUGAUGACCACCGACACCCAAUUUGGCGACAAGGCAGCCAACGGCAAGCCAACACUGUACGACCCCUCAAAGUCGACGUCGAGUCAAGAAGUGCUCGGCGCCACUUGGUCGAGCUCGUACGGUCCGUCACUGCUUACCGGCCAUGGCCCCAUGAAAGCGACUGACCAGCCCUCCAUAGCGGACGGCGUCACCAACUCUGGCAAGGUAUACCUCGACACGGUUCGUUUCGGCCUUUCGACAGACAACAAUCGCUUCACCCUCAUCAACGCCACAGUCCAGUCUGUCGUCAAAGUCGACCAGCGUUGGGCGGUCGAACCUCAGAUCAGCGGCGUCUUGGGGAUCGCGAAGAAUCGCCCAUCGAGUGUCCAGCCAAGCACGCCGUCUAUGCUCGACCGUCUCAAGCCGGAACUGCACUUUGAAUGGAUUGGUAUCGACUUGCGGCACAAGUCGGAAAAGGGGUUCUUUUCCUUCGGCUACGCGAUGGGUACUGCGAGCAUAAACGAGCAACCCAUGGACGGCGAGGAAGACUGGAGUUUCCUGGUCAGCAAGACUCGUAUGAGCACCAUGAGCGGCGGGGUGUGGUUCCGAUUUGCAUCACCUUUCACUGCAACGAUUGACACCGGGAGCAGCUUCUUACUGCUUCCUUCAUCACUGGUGGCCAAGUACUAUUCAGAGAUUCCCGACUCUUCUUUUGACCCGGACCUGCAACAGUACAUCUUCCCGUGCUCUCUGGCAUCCGGAAUCCCCGACUUCCAGUUCAUAUCUGCAGGUGGAUAUGUUGGAACCGUCCCCAAGGAGCACAUCAACCUCGGACCUGUACCUGGCAACACCGAGAAAUGUUAUGGUGGCAUCCAAAAGAGCGGCGACGUCAAUCGUGCCGUUUUUGGUGGGGUGGCGCUCAAGAGCAUGUAUGUUCAGCUCAACUACGGCGCACAAGGCAGUUAUGUCGGCUUUGGCGACAAGGGUUCUCUCGAUGUAUGCUCAACGACAUCGGCGUGUGAUGCGUGA